AUGACUAAUGAAAAUUACAACAAUACGAAUACAGCACAGAAGGAUAGAUUAUGUGAUGGUACUGAUUUAGAAGAACAAAUUCAACAAUGUGCAACAAGAACAAUAUUUAAUUCCAAGUCAUUAACUGAAAAUAAUAAUAAUAAUAAUUCAAAUCGAACACAAACCAAUAAUAUUAAUAAUAAUAAUAAUUAUAAUCACAAUCAUAAUAAUUGCAAUAAUAACAACAAAAAAUUUAAUGAUGAUCAAGCAAAAAUAUCUCAACAAGCUCUUAAAUUUGCAGCUGAAAACUAUUUACAACCUCUGAAAUUUGAAUUUGAACCAAAAAUAGAUGAACAGAAGAUAGGUGCUAAAUUUAUACAAGAUUUCAUAAAAUUCAUUUCCAAUGAUUUUGCAAGGCAAAAUCCUACACGUUGUGGAAAAGACAGAAACAAUACAGAAGAUCAUAAAACAUGUCAAAUACAAUGCCACCACUGCCAAGGAAAUCAUACAUCCACAGAUUAUAAAUGCCCGAUCAUAAAAGAAUAUAGACAAAAUCUUGUUUCUGAACUUCGUAAACGUACCUAUCUUCUAUCAGUAAAUACACAAAUCUACAUACCAUUCGAAUGCCGACCAUCUGAUGAAAAUAACAAAGUUAUUGAAAAUAAAGUAGCACUUAUGUAG